AAAAAUAAUUUGUGGUGAAUUAUAUUUGGCUCGGAACUAGUAAACGUAAACAGGUAAAGCGGGCGUCAUCAUGAGAAGUGACAAAUCCAAAUUUUUGGACUUUACUCUCGGAUUUUGAUUUUUGUCUGCCUCACUAUGCUCCGGACUAUAACACGACUGCCGCUGCGCAGAUGCGUUCAUACGAAUGCCAGAUCCUCGAGCACCCGUAUAUUUAAAAGUUAUUCGAGCAGGCCUGGACUCGCACUGGGAGCUACCGUCACGUUUGCUGCAUACAUGGCUUGGUCGUUGAGCUCGGAUAGUCAGCGGAUAUCACUUGAUGCUCAACCUGUGUCCGCUCCCAAAAAGCUUCCGUCCUCCACAAAUCCCUCACUUCCCGCUACAGACUCCCCUCCGCCUCCAAUACAGACAGAAGAGACAUACUCUGAAACGUCAGUACCAAUACUAGAGGAGGACGCGGAUAAAACACCACCGGCCGCGCCAGUAGAAGCACAGAGUGAAGAGCAGUCGUCUGGGGGAGCUUAUAACCCGGUGACAGGCGAAAUCAAUUGGGACUGCCCGUGCCUCGGUGGAAUGGCCCAUGGUCCAUGUGGUCCAGAAUUCAGAGAGGCCUUUUCAUGUUUUGUUUACUCUGAACAGGAACCAAAAGGUAUCGAUUGUGUGGAAAAAUUCAAGGCCAUGCAAACCUGUUUCCGGGAACACCCCGACGUAUAUGGGGAGGGUAAGCUUGUUUUCCGAUUAGGAAGUCUGUUGUACUGAUUCCGUGGCAGAAAUUAUGGACGAUGAUGAUGA